AUGUUAAGUUGUACCUUCCGCCAAAUCUUAUUAUUUACUUCUUCUCUGCACGACGCCUUCCGCGACGCCGAGACCGCUACGACAUCACACGUGGCUCAAGGACAGCCCUUCGCCUCUGUCACUGUGCUGCUCGCCACUGCUCGAGUUCGCGUCCUCGAUCGUCACGGAUCAUGGCAUUCCGCCCGAGCUCUGAUCGACCAGGGCUCAGAGACGACCAUAGUUUCGGAGCGGUUGGUUCAACGACUGCGACUGCCUCGCACGUCUGCCGCCGUCAGCGUCUAUGGACUCGGCGAGCAAAGGACGGGAAUCGCCAAGGGCAAGGUCAAGCUCACCUUUCGAGCGCUCAACGGUGAGACGUCCAACUCCGUCUCCGCCUUGAUUUUGCCGAAGCUGACUCUAUUCUCCGGAGGAUGCCGCCGAAGCCUGCAAUCCUGGACACAUCUCAGGGACCUGAAGCUCGCCGAUCCAGAAUUCCAUUCCGCUGAUCCAGUAGACCUUCUGCUGGGCGCCGACGUCUACGGAUUAAUCAUCCGCCAGGGUCUGAAAAAGGGAGGUCCUCAGGAACCGGUGGCACAGCAAACUUCGCUAGGCUGGAUACUCUCAGGAGCCAUCAACGAGAAUACACGCUGCCAACGUAUGUCCUCCCACCAUUGCCAAGUGGAGGAAGACCUCACCUGUUUGGUACGUCGCUUUUGGGAGCAGGAAGAGGUUCGACAGCCGUCUCAGCUCUUCACCAAGGUCGAGCGGGAGUGCGAAGAGCACUAUCGUCAGUACCACACACGCAACGCCGAUGGCCGGUACGUCGUGCGCCUGCCCACGACGGAAUCUCUGCCGGAUCUCUCUGGAACAAUCCGCGCCGCCCGCCGGGCUCUGCAACAUACAGAGAAGAAAUUUGAUCGAGAGAGCGAGUUCAGAGGUAUGUAUGUCAAAUUCAUGCAACAGUACUUAGACCUGCGCCACAUGAUGCCUGCUCCGCCUUCGACUACCACGCGUCCUGGAGCUUGCUAUCUACCGCAUCACGGGGUCCUGCGUCCUGACAGCACCUCCACAAAACUGAGGGUAGUCUUCAACGGCUCGAGCUCCUUGCCAAACGGAGACUCCUCAACAGAUAUCUAG